AUGUUCGAUGCGAAGAACAUGAUGGCUGCUUGUGAUCCUCGCCAUGGGCGCUAUCUUACGGUGGCGGCUAUGUUCCGUGGUCGCAUGAGCAUGCGGGAAGUAGAUGACCAAAUGAUGUCCGUGCAGAACAAGAACUCAUCAUACUUCGUAGAAUGGAUUCCAAACAACGUGAAAACCGCUGUUUGUGACAUUCCUCCUCGUGGCUUGAAAAUGGCUGCUACCUUUGUUGGCAACUCAACUGCUAUUCAAGAGCUGUUCAAGCGUAUUUCGGAACAGUUCACAGCUAUGUUCCGACGCAAAGCUUUCCUCCAUUGGUACACUGGUGAGGGUAUGGACGAAAUGGAGUUCACAGAAGCUGAAUCGAACAUGAAUGAUCUUAUCUCCGAGUACCAACAGUACCAGGAAGCCACCGCUGACGAUAUGGGCGAUCUCGAUGCAGAAGGUGCAGAAGAGCCGUACCCCGAGGAGUAG